AUGCCGUCCAAGAAAAGCCUAAGAAUUUUGUCCUUUACUGGCCUAUUGCUUCUACUGAUCUACUUUAUGGUUGAACAUUCAGAAAGCAUGUCUGCAGGGUUAGGUGUAAAUGAAUCAAAUGAAAAUGGCAGUCCGACAGGCCAGACCGUAGUAACCACCCAACCAGUUAAGAUGAGAGCAAAACUUAAGGAAAGGCCACAGCUGCCGGACACAGCCAAACCCGACGCCAAGGUGGACGAAGAGAUCGAAAACAUCAAACAAGAAGUAGGGAUCAAGGAAGAUAUCGGGGAGAAAAUACCUAAAGCCCACUCCGCCACUGUGGAUGCCCACUUCGACCCAGCAAAGGAGUACCAGAUGAUUCUCGUCUCUUCGCCGAUGGUCAUAUUCUCCAAAUCCUACUGCCCCUUCAGCAAGCGGCUAAAAGAACUCCUGCAUCAAAAAUAUGUGUUCACUCCAAAUUUCAUUGUUGUCGAACUAGACAAGCACGAGCAUGGAGCCGAACUCCAGUCAUACAUUGGCAGUCAAACCGGGCGUACUACGGUUCCCAAUGUGGUCAUCAACGGCGUUUCUCGAGGUGGGUUUGAUGAUCUACGCGUUCUUCAAGAAAACGGUGAGCUUUUAACCUCGUUAAAAGAUUGGGCGGGAAAAAUGUUAACGGUUUCCAAGAAAGAGAAACCCUCCAAUAACUAG